GCCAGAACUCAGCUGUUGCACGGGCCCAGUCAGACAUCAUCUACUUCUCAGCGACUGCCCUCGUGUUUUUUGCCUCUGCCUGGUCGCUCAAUUUUCCUCUCCAGAGCCAUGCAUCCCCAGCGCCCUCUUCCCCAGGCCAUGCCUUCUUCCUCUCUGGGACAGCACCUGAGGGACAUGGCCAUGGGUCUGGGACAAGGCAAAAACUUCCUGGGGGGAAACGUUGCUUAUGGUUUCAUCCAGUCUGUUAAGGAGUGCCUCUAUUUCCUGCUGUGCUGCUGGUGCAUCAAAGAGAUCCUGGACUGAGAGACUGAGACAAAGAUAGAUCAAGUGGUCAAGCAUUGAUUUUCUUUCUAUUUUUUCUUCGGUUGAGUUUGGUUUCAACAACCUUUUCAGAAAUCAGAAAUUGAGUGUUUGAUAAGCACUGCUGGCAACGCAUUGGAAGUGUUUAAAGGAUUCUCCCCUUGGGUUCCAAUCAAAAAGUAAACACACAGACACAUUUCCAAAUGCAACAAAUGAUGACUGGGUUAGAGUUUCCUGCAUUCUUCCUCGGAUUUUAAGGAAUCUCACCCCUGAUGAACACUGUACAACAAACACUGGUGUGCAUAAAUAAAGGAAAUAAUGUAUAGAAAAAAAAUUAC